CCCGCUACAAGUAAACAAACGUGCUUUGUUUGAAAGUGAAGUCUUUUUUUAUUCGAUUUUUCGCAUAAUUCUCUGUUGUGGAUACAAAUAAUAUGGAUGUAACUGCAGAAUUAAAGAAGCUAAAUCUUGAAAUUCAAGCUAAUAAAGAUAAGUAUGUCAAUGGCGAGUUGGAUUUGGGAUCGAGCUUGGAAAAACAGGAAAAUCUGUUUAGCCAGAUCAUGUCAAAUCAGUCAAGUGUCACAGCAAGCAAAAUACUUCCAGAUUCUCAGGUGUUGCAACUGCAAACAAAAAUUUUAACACUUAGCACCAGGAAAUAUAAGCCUGACUCCUUAGUUUUUAAUUCAUAUGAGUUUGCUGGAAAAGUGAGAGACUACUUUGGCUGUGAUUUAUCAAGUUCAAUAGCAUCUACCUCACGAUCUUCAAGUUUAAUAGCAUCUACAGAUUAUUCUUCAUUAUGGAUGAAUCUUGGAGAUGAAGCAAAGACGUUAAUUUGUGGUGUGCCGACAUUCAGUUUCAUAUAUGGAACUUUUGAUCCAGAUCCAGUUGAACAUGUUAAGAAAAAAAGAAAGGUCAGAGAUAAAGAUAAAGUUGGAGAUCUGACAAAACCACAAUCUAUGAGCAUAAAUGACUCUACUCAUGAACAUGAUGGCAUGCUAACUGAAGCAGAGCGUUUAUAUUCCAUUCUAAGACGGUUUUUGGAAAGAAGUGAAAAUGGCUUGGUUUGUUAUUUUGAAUUUGUGACUGAUCCAUCAUCAUUUUCAAGAACAGUUGAAAAUAUAUUUAUUAUGUCAUUGCUUAUAAAGGAAGGACAUGUUCGUAUAAUUGCUGAUGAAAAUGGAUUGCCAUAUUUAAAAGCAGUAAAUGAAGAUGAGAGACGAGAAAGAAAUCCAGCUGCCAUGAAACAAACGAUUGUAACUAUCACACUGGAGGAUUGGAAGGAAAUUAUAAGAAAAUUCCGCUUUGAAAAAGCUUUGAUACCACCACGAAAACGUGCAUAAAAUUCUUUGAAUCAUCAAUCAUCUUCGCAAAUACAAGCAUUUUGGACAUCACAUAAACUUGAUCAUAAUGCACAUUUCAAAGUUCUGAGCUCAUUUUUUAAAAUGCUUUUUAAAAAAAAUGUUUUUACUUGUACAGAAUAAUAAGUAGCAAAAUGUCUGUAUUAUGAGUGUCAGAACAAUUUUGAUUCAAUCUGCAGAAAUAUUUUGGAAGUUUAACUUCUCAAUUUUGUAACUAAUAAGAAAUUUUCUUCAAGACUUUUCAAAAUUUCUAUAAAAAAGUUUUACUGUAUUUAAAUUUUAGUUAAAAUUAUUUUUUAAGAAAGUUUUACUUAUUAGAUAAAAAUCAAAAAUAGUGACCUUUUGGUCUUGCAUAAGUUAUUGCUUUGACACUUGUACAUUUUUUACUUUGUAAAUUUAAUGUGUAUAUAAAUUUGUAUU